UUCUGUUCUCCGUCAGUACCGCUCGCUUACCGAAUAGCAGAUACUUUGCCUUUGUGGGUUUUUGAGUUCGAGGUGGUGGGGUUAAAUUUUGGUUACGGACCGUGGACAAUUCUGGUGCCGAAAUGGAACACUUCUAGCGUGGUUUUCACAAAUUUUUCAGAGCAGUUCAUAGUAACCGGGAAUGGCGUUCCAGGACGUGGAUUUGGGGGAUCCGAUUGAAGUGAAGGUUGUGAACCCCACAGAGGCGGCUUUGGCUUUGGAAGUUGUGAGGCUCGCCGAAGCUAGGGCGAAGUUGAAGGAGUUGGGGGAGCGUCCAGAUCCUGUUCAAGUCGAGGAAGCGCGAAAAUCGAUACUUUUGAUUGAAAGCUCUUUGAAGGAUCAGUUGGAGGAAUUGUUUACCGGACAAUGUCCCCCUGGUGAAGACCUUCAGCAGUGGAGAUUCUCCCAGGCGAGAGCUCUGGAGGAAUCUGCUGCGAAGGGGAAAGAGCCAUAUGUCGCUUUACUUGAAUUGGAAGAGUUGCACGUGCUUUAUGAAGAGGAAGUGAAGCAAGCAGAAUCAGCUCUUGAGGGAUUUGAGGGACCAUCUAGUAGCACUGUAAUUCUGGAAGAGGAAGUUGACGAAUACGUCUCGUUAAAGCUUCAAGAAGCACUUGAAAAACAGCAUGACACCCUCGACCUCAGCACCCAAUUUCUGUCGCAUGUUCCUGAAACCUUUGGCAGAAUUUCAUCCUUGAUCAUUCUGAACUUGUCCAACAAUCGCUUGGAGUAUUUGCCGGAUGCUGUCGGCGGUCUUGUGAAGUUGGAAGUGCUUGACCUACAACACAACCAGUUGAAGUCGUUACCAGAUUCGAUAGGCCUACUCACAAGUCUCAAGUCACUUGACAUCUCAGGGAACGCAUUAAAAGUUUUGCCUGCGAGUCUUGGUGGAUGCAGGGCUCUCGUGGAGCUCAUAGCGAAUUUCAACCAGCUGGAAACGUGGCCAGCCGAUUUUGGCUUUCAGUUCUCUAAACUGCAGACACUGUGCUUGCACUUAAACAAACUGACCAGCUUUCCACCAUCGAUUGGCGAGCUUCGAGCUCUGAUGUUCUUAGAUGUUCAUUUCAACAAGCUGAAGGGCUUGCCUUCAACAAUCGGCAAGCUUUCAAACCUCACAGUACUUGACGCCAGCAGCAAUUUCAGGGACUUUGCUGAUUUGCCAGACUCAAUUGGGGACUUAGUUUCUCUGACAGAGCUCGACCUCAGUUUCAACCAAAUUCACGAGCUGCCAAUUUCCAUGGGCAAGCUCACGAACUUGAGGAAGCUGAAGCUGGAUGAAAACCCAAUUGUGGUCCCCCCAGAGGAAAUUUUGGAGCAGGGUCACGAGGCAAUCAUGAAGUACAUGGCCAAGCUUUGGAAAGACAAAUUGAAAGCUGUGGAGGAGAAGAACCUCGCCAAGAGUGCAAGCUUUGCCGGGACUACAAGCUUCGGUCGUGCAGUUCAAGCAAACGUCGGUGCGGAAGGGUGGAUACCAGCUUGGGCAGGGGGUUCAGUGGUGAACAGCUGGUUGGGUAAGGUCCAAGCUGCAGGUGGGCUGGGCAGCUUCCUUGGAGGCAAGCCAUCCUCUCCACGCUCAAAAGCUGACAGCUACCUCGAUCAGCCGCUGUAAUCUAAUCCACUCAACCCUUAAACAUCGCAGGUGGCCUCUUAGGUCACUCUUUCAAUGCGACUCGAGGACCCCUGUGACGUUUAAGAGUUGAGACGCACACGGGAAGCUGGUCUAAUCUGCUAGGCUCGAAAUUGCUGAACCAUUUGCUGUGAAAUUUUUCAUGUCGAAUUGGAGCAUUAGAUCGUAGCUAUCAUUUGUGAGCUGCUCAUCUGUAGAUGCGUCCCAGAUGAACGAGCUUUGUGAUGAGAAAUGGAGGCUGAGACACUCGUUUUGCUUACCAGUUUCCCAAUACUGAUACAUUGGGGAGGUAGCUAUUGUAAAUCCAUGCCCUUUUCUCAUGAUUACAUAAUGUAGUAUGAGUAUUCUGAAGUGUGCGGCGAAGUACAUCGAAAGUGUCUGAUUCUACGCAAACUUUAAACUCCAGGAUGUUUAGCUGAGAAUUUGCCACUCAUGCAGUCUCUAGUAUAUGAGCCUCACACAGAACCAGUAAAGUGUUCUCACAUCUGCAGAUGCAAGCCAGCAAUGAGCUUGCAUUUCCAUGUGAGCGAAAUACACAUCCUAAAAUGAAUUCUAAAAAAUAUAGUCUGUAACACUGCACACCAAAAUAAACUGGAAUUUCCCUUGACUUUCAUAAA